AGGUAUGUAUCAUUGUAUUUAUAGACAUCCAUGCUUCUAGCCUGGACAAUCCUGCCGGUAGCCUUACCAGACAACCUCUCAACAGCUCACCUUAUACCUAACUGGAUGUCAAUCUGGAUUCGUUCGAUGGGCAUUCUGCCUCGAGCCCACCUCUUAUUCAGCAACCCUAAAUCCGCCUAGCCUGCACUGUCUCAGCUAUUAGAAGACGCACCAUGCCGCGUCCGGUCGUGGCUUCACCCACAAGUUACGUGCGCCGUCAACAUCAACACCUCCAUGACCACCACUGGACACCGCCACACAUUCUUUGACACUCCUCCCGUCCGACGUGAUCUUCCCGAAUGCACCACGAGCAAUGGCCGAUCCCGGCACUGAUCGCCCCGCCGCCGCCGCCGGACACUACCACGCCUCUUCCAUCCCGCCGAGCCCGCGGCCCUCGGUAGCCAGCCGCGCCAGCCGGUCCAGCCUGCGCCGCGAACAGGAACGCCAAGAAGCCCUGGCACAAGCUGCAGUUGCUUCCCGCCCGGCGUCCGUGGCAUAUUCCUCAUCACAACCCGUCGCAGCCGCAGCAGCACCCUUCGCAGGAGAACGAGAAGCUCCUGCUCCUUCUCUCUCGCCCCCGCAACAACAGCAACCGCCGCCGUUCUCACCGCUCUUCACUCUGCUCACGUCUACCUCGCACGCCUCAAACCGCCAAACAGUCCACCAUCCGACGGUGCAUUACGUGUUUGCCGACGAUGACCCGGAGCUCCUGACCGCCGCGCUGGCGCACCACCAUCGCGGGGCCUACGACGAUGACGACGCCAACGGCGACGACGAUGAUGACGACAACGACCGGGCCCGUGAUCGCGCCGUCAUCCUGGACAUGGAGCCCACGGCGGACGGGUCCGGGCUGGAAGUGACCUGGGCCAGCAGCCUGUCGCCCGACUGGGCCGUGACCUCUGCGCGCCUGAGCAGCAUGGCUAUAGAAGGAGGAGGUGCUGUAGGCGGCGGCGGCGGCGGCGACGGGGGGGUUGCGGCCGGCGGUGCCCCCAACAGCGGGCUGGUUCUGAAGAUUGAGGGCGUGAGCAUCGAGCCAUCCUCCUCCUCCGGGGGUCCCAUGGCCGCAGCGGCAGCGGCAGCGGCAGGAGGCAGCAACAAGGGCGUGACGCCGCCCGAGGGGACAGAGCUACAGUCUUCUUCUCCAGGCAUCGCGGGUCGACAGCAACAAGCAACACCAGCCGUCCAAGAGUACACCGAUCUGCUGCACGAGUUUGACAAGCGGAUGGGGGUUCUGCGGAGGGUGGUCGAGGCUGGUGCGGCAAGACAGCGAGCUGCUGCUGCUGCCGCCGCCGCUGCUACCGGGGACGGGCUCAACCAGGUCUCGGAGGCCACUACCGUGAGGAAAGGAUGAGCGGCAAGCCGGUUUUCAUUCAGCCGAGGCCGCCGAUGAUGAUUCACAAGCAAUGAGACCGACGUCCAGCCGGUACACUCUCCUUAGAGCUCAGAGAAGGCAGCUUCAAAUCCACGCUGGCCCUAUGUUAAGGGAGCGACCUACACGGCGAGCUCCAUGGCGGGAGCUCAGGUCGUUGGAGCCUGAUUGUGUUUGGCGCAUCUGCAUGGGAUCUUAUACCAGAAGAUAAUCAUCUGCAAUCAUGUCCACGCCCAGUAUUCUUCGUGCCUCACAAAUAGAGUAAGUAAAGAAGUAAAGUCAUAGGUUCCUGGUUUGAGUAUGCUGCCCUUUAGAGGACAUAUAAAUCCCGAACCUAGCAGACGCGAACAGCAUGAUUUUUAUUACAAUGCCCUAUACAGCG